CCUUAAAAACAAAAAAAAAAGAAGAAGAAGAAGAAGACGGCACCGCGGUUCUAUCAGGAGUAUAUUUUGGUUUCUGGUAAAAAAAAAAAAAAAAAAAAAAAGCUUGGAACACGAAGUCAUUAUACGUAUAUGCCGCAUCUUUGCCAACCUGAGCAGUUUUGUACGACGGCUUAGUGAAUAAAUAUUGGGUCCCUUUUUUGCCUAGCAACUGACUGUUGGGUUGGUCGUGAGGAGGCGCUGGACCGGCUGCUGAGAUUCGGCGCGUUUCUGGCUUGUCCUUUUGCUUUGAUAUAGGAUAAUACAUCAGGUUGACUGGAGAACGUCCCGUAUAUCAACAGAUCUCGCCCACUGGGAUUUACGAUGGAAGUGUGAUUGAUCUGCUGACUAUGGGCAGAGUGGAGAGGAGUUUCCCACCCAUGACGUCCUCAGAUCCUGAAUGUACGGAAAUUGCCGAAGUCAUUGUUGGCAACAAUGAAGACUAGGUCAUGGUGCCAUAAACUUGGAAUACUUGCCACUCCAGCGUCAUGUGCUCACUGCUGAUAAUGCCCACUCCCUCUGGGGACGGGUACACACCUCUGCUGCUCCCAAUCUGCUGGCAGGGAACAUCGACACUGGUCUCUGCUGUCUCAUUAUGGGUCACCUGAAGUUUUCCACAACGUCCAGAGAGAACAUCCUCAUGGCAAACAAUUCUCUGGGCUUCCAGGUUCCUCCAACUCAGGCGAAGCCAACAGUCGUGUCCCCAGAGAGCCUUAACGGCAUUAGUCUAUCCCUGCGGGUGUUCUUCUGCUUUGUUAUGGUUGCCAUUUGGUUAUUCGCCCUGUUGGGGAACAUGGUUGUUUGCCUGAUGGUCUACCAGAGAUCUGCUAUGCGCUCGGCUAUUAACCUCCUUUUAGCGAGCCUGGCGUUUGCAGACAUGAUGCUUGCCAUUCUUAACAUGCCAUUCACACUGGUUGCUGUCAUGACUACCAACUGGAUUUUUGGAGAGGUUUUUUGUCACGUUUCAGCUAUGUUGUUUUGGUUCUUUGUGAUGGAAGGAGUGGCUAUUCUGCUUAUAAUAAUCAUAGAUCGCUUUCUUAUUAUUGUCCAAAAGCAAGAUAAGAUAAGUCCACAGAGAGCGAAAAUACUAAUUUUGGUCACAUGGGUACUUGCUUUCAUUUUCUCCUUUCCUCUCGCAGUUGGUUCUCCUCGCCUACAAAUCCCUCCCAGAGCCCCUCAGUGUGUUUUUGGCUACAGCACUGAACCCGGUUACCACACCUAUGUGUUGAUAUUAAUGCUUGUCUUUUUCUUUAUACCUUUCAUGGUCAUGUUGUACACCUUCAUGGGGAUCUUGAACUCCAUCCGGCACAAUACUGCUCGCAUCCACAGUCAUCCGGACGGCAUGUGCCUGACCCAGGCCAGCAAACUCGGCCUGUUAAGCCUCCAGAAGCCAUUCCAGACGAACAUAGACAUGAGUUUUAAGACCCGUGCCUUUGCCACGAUCCUCAUUCUUUUUUCUGUGUUUACAGUGUGCUGGGCACCCUUCACCGCCUACAGUUUGGUGUCUACUUUCGACAAUGGGUUCUACCACAAAGACAGCUUUUUUCAAGUCAGCACGUGGGUGCUGUGGUUGUGCUAUCUAAAGUCUGCCCUCAACCCUCUCAUUUACUACUGGCGCAUCAAAAAGUUUCGCGACGCCUGUCGUGAUCUUAUACCAAAGUACUUUAAGUUUCUUCCUCAACUGCGAGGCAACACAAAGAGGCGCAUCCAACCGAGCGCAGUGUACAUUUGCGAAGGCCACUGAUCUGUUGUUUAAAUGAAAUUGAAUUCCUUUCCGCUUGACAAAAAACUUUUCCAUCAAACCGUAAACUUUGAUCUGGAUUAGGGCUGGACAAAAAAUUAUUCACUGUACAAUGUCAUGUCCAAGCCUUUUUUUGUACUGCAUCACACAAAACACUGCCAUUUUAUAUAAGGACUCAGACCGCACUAUCGUUUGCAUGACGGUCAACAUUUUCUCCUUGUUCUUUCUGUCCCAGUGUGCCUGGUGGCCAGGACGAGUUGGUUCUGCUGCCGUGUUUCUCCCUGUUGCCUAGCAUCCAUUAAAUCAUCAGCUUGUGGAA